AGCCUGCAAGCGGAAACAGAUGUUCGCCGUCGCUGGAGUGUAAACCACGCAGAGAUAAGUUUUUUCGGGUGAUCGGCGUAUUUAUCAUCAUAGUCAUGACUCAUCUAGCGUCCGUAUGCUUGUUACUUGCUGUAGUGCUGUUUUCAACAUUUUGUGCUGAAUCUCGACGUUUAAGGCUUUUGCCAGGCGAAGGUAAGGGCGGGGUAUUUUAAAAGCUUUAUUUGCUGCUUAGCAAAACCGCGUUCAAGACACAAAGGCUCAUAGAUAACGCUGGAAAUACAUUUCUUUUUCUUUUUCGGUUAAAAAAAAAAGGCACAAAGAGCAAAUUCGCGGUCCAUCGACUGCCUUCUUUUAAAUUACCGAUCUCAAGAGUUCACAUCAUCAUCGCAGAGACUACAACGCCAUGAAACUCAAUGGUCCGUUUAUCUUUGAUGUCAAAUUUGUCAACAUCGAUUUACGGAAUUUUUUUUUUUCCUUUUUCAUUAAAACGGGUUUCAUCUAAGCCAUUACCGUUUCACGGAAAUUUCCCAUGCAGUUUCUUUACCAAGCGCUAUAUUUUUGAGUCGCAUUUUUACAUCUGCCUCAUAAAUAGCUUGAGAAUAUUUAUAUUAUAAACGGUAAUGUGAGCAGAACUGUUUUAAGUUCAAAAGUUACUUCCAGUAUUUUGAGCAAAUUCGACAACAGUGAGGCUAGUUUUGAAAUAAGAGAGAAAUCUCUCCACCAAAUACAAUACCUGUUUUUUCUCCUCGUUUGAUAAAUUCAAGAAAUUGCCUUCCGCGUGAAGAAUAUUCAUCACGUCAUGGACGUUAAACAAUCAAUUUAAAAAAACUGAUCAUAGCUUUAUAGGUACGGGAACAAAUGCCCUUAUUUUAAAUGAAAAACUGUCUGCUCAGUGGAUGAAUUUUCUAUUACAAGAGAAAACACUGUAAGAAGGAGAAAAGAAAGCUGUGAGUGAUGAUGAAAAUUAUUUCCUUUCAAUAAUAGAACAAUAAAAACUUUCAGUUCAUCGACAUAUAUAUUAGAUUUCGAAUCCAGCAGAAAUUUGCAUUUCAAAUGUCUUGGUUUUUCAAGUGACUACUAGUAGUAGACAACAUCAGAGUGUAGCUCGAGGCGUGCUGUGGUGAUUGGCGCCUUAUGCACCUGUUGAUUUACCACGUUAUAACUUUCAAAAAAAAAUGCACCGAUAUAAAAAGGGAUGAAUGGUCAACUUUUAAGCGUAAAAGAGUUCACUGAAAGCUUCUGCUUUAAAAAAGCCAUUUGUGAUACCAUCUUUUUCUUACAAAUAAAAUAGAACUGACCAGAGGUUAAUACAAAUGCAUCGAUACAUCUCAUUUUCAAAGCGUAAUUGUGACAUUAAAGAAUUUUCAAAUCGAGCCAAUGUCGACAAAGGGUAAUUGUUUGGCAGUUUUUCGCUCUGUAGAUACUAUUUCGUCUUAAAUAUGUCAUUUUGGAACUCUGCCGGCAACGCUAAACUUUGUCCAUAGUCAAGGAAAAGUAUUAUUUUGAAGCUGCUCUUCUUCAAAUGAAAGACACGAAACUCUGCCUUUCAGUAUUACUAACUGAAGUAGGAAAUAAAGAGCUAUACCGGUAGAAAUGUUUGGGUUGCAGCUUUAAGAACGAAGUAACUCGAAUUAUUCUCGAUUACAAUGCUUGUGCUUUCGAGAGCAUCAAAGAUUGAAUAUGUAUCCAACAAACACAUAGCCAACUUGACAUUGUGCGAGCAGCGAUGUUCACAAAUGAUAACGUAACAAAAAGAAGAAAAAAUGAGAAAACAGCGAGAGGUACGGAUUUUAAAGGAAACUUGAAUCUCAACUCAAUUUUUAAAAAGUGAAGUUCUUAAAGUAAAUAUCCGUUAUUUACCGGGUGGGAGGUCAGUAUGGGAAAAAGCUCUGCUCAAGUUCAAGAGGCUGAAGGCAAGGGCUGCACUCAAGAACGACCGGAGUGACCUCUAGUUUGCUAGUUUGCUUUUCUUCUGUUUCGCAAAGAAUGGCGCGGGGCUGGGGGGAAUUGGGAAUUUUAUUUUUCUCAAGUUCCACUCUUCUUUCCCCUCUUUCCUUCGCUUACCCCUGACUUACCAAGAACUUGGACAGGCUGCUAAAGUCAAACUGUUUCAUCACUCGUCUCAUUUGAAGGGGUCAUCCAGUAUCAAGCUUUAGGCAACCAAACCAAGCCCAACUUUUUCAAGUCAUGAUCGGCUCUAUGGAAGUCCACUAAAAUAGCCGAUGAAUUAAUUUGCCACAAUAGUUUUGAAUAUUUGCAUACGUUUACUUCAAUUUCAAUAUCAAUUUCCUUCUCCAUUUUUUUUAAAUCAAAGAUGAUGAACUAAAGAAGGUUGGAGUGGAUUUUAUCAAUUUACGUAAGUACCCUAACAAACAUCAAAUUUGUUAGUAAAUAUUUUUGUUCUUCAAAUCUUGCAAAUUAGCGAUAAAACUUUGUAAAAUUGCAAUCUAGCAAAAUCGCAAUUUCAUCUGCUAGCAUCUUUCAAAUAGUACACCCUAACUUUAAUUGUUGAGAACAAGAGACAUUUUUUCUUUGCCUUAUCGAGAUUCAAACAGUUCUUAACAUUUUAUCUUUCUCCGUAAACGUGAUAUGCAUGUGACAGCCACGUGUGGUAAGUCCACGGUAGGAGGAAGCCGGGUAGUUGCUGGCACGGAUGCUUCCUAUGGCGAAUGGCCCUGGCAAGCGAAGCUUCUAACCGAAGGCACCUUCACAUGUGGCGGCUCGCUCAUUACUCCAUCAUGGGUUAUGACAGCUGCACAUUGCAUCUCAAAAGAAGAUCCUAGCGUGUACAGCGUAACGCUAGGUGACCUCCACAGAGAGAAACCUGAAGGAACCGAGCAGGAGUUCCCCGUGAAAAAAGUUGUAGUUCAUCCCAAAUACAAUUCACCAGUUGCCGUUAACAACGAUAUAGCCUUGCUGCAGUUGACGCGAUCAGCUACAAGGACAUCCUUUGUGAACACGGUAUGUUUACCGGAUGAGUUCGAAGUGGUGCCCAUUGGAACAAAAUGUUACAUCUCAGGUAAAAAUGGAUCAAAAUUAUUUGUGAAUAUCAAUUGAGAGCACCCGUAAGCGCUACUUUUUAAAUUACCAUUUUAUUAAAAGACUCUAGUUAGUCUGCUCCCUAGCAAAGCUUGAUUUGACAGUAAAAAAUUACGGGAAACCUUCCGCGUUAGGAAUGCUGCGAAAUGUCAAGGUUCAACCAAGAUUUUAUCGAAAGAAAAAUAAUGGAACCAAGCGGAGUUUUCUCCAACACUUGCAGCAAAUUAUUUUUUUACGAUAUUUAUUGCUCCACAAAUUCCCAUUGAGGAGAAGGUUGUGACAGGUGUUCACUGACACCCCUAAUUAGAAAAAGCAAACAACCAGCGAAAAUUUCUUCGAUAGGUUCAACUGUUUAGAUCGUAUUUUUUGACAAAGGCUGAUGUUAACAUGUCAGGGUAUCCUUCAUUAUAGGCUGGGGACAGAUGACUCAUCCAGACUCUGCUGCUAUUAAACUCCAACAAGCCGCCAUGCCCGUGGUGUCCAACCGCGUCUGCCAAGCCAAGCAUAUGGCGUCACCUGUUAGCAGACCAGGGGAGAGUGCUGUAACUUCCGCCAUGAUUUGUGCAGGAGAUGCGGGUAAAACCAAGAUCAGUGGUUGCUUCGGUGACAGCGGAGGGCCCUUCGUCUGCCAAAACUCCGCUGGGCGGUGGGUGCAGCAGGGUAUUGUGAGCUGGGGGGACACCACAUGUUCUUCAAAGGCUCACUUUACCGUUUUUGCUCGAGUGAGCGUGUUUCGAAAAUGGAUCGAGGACCAGCUAAGCGAGUAAAUCGAUUACGUUCUUCAAACACAUUGCUUACCAUGUAGUUUCUGAUAAGUUAAAACUGUUACGCAUUUAAAGGAUAGUUUCGAAUUAUUAAAAGUUUGGAAAGAAUAAAGUGAUGUACCAGCC